AUGUGCAACUGGUUUGAAUAUAGAUUGCAGAGACAUAUAAUUCCUCUGAAAUUACUUAUACUAAGGUCUAAACACGACGACCCAAUGAAAGCCACACCGACGAUAUCUACUGAUGGCGUCACCUCACAAAGUGGAGCCACACCGACGAUAUCUACUGAUGGCGUCACCUCACAAAGUGGCGCCACACCGACAUUAUUUACUGAUGGCGUCACCUCACAAAGUGGCGCCACACAGACGAUAUCUACUGAUGGCGUCACCUCACACAGUGGCGCCACACCGACGAUAUCUACUGAUGGCAUCACCUCACAAAGUGGUGCCACACCGACAUUAUCUACUGAUGACGUCAGUUCCCAAGGUGGCACUACACAAGAAAUAUCUACUGAUGGUGUCAGUUCCCAAAGUGGCGCCACAACGACAUUAUCUACUGAUGGCGUCAGUUCCCAAAGUGGCGCUACACCAACAUUAUCUACUGAUGGCGUCAGUUCACAAAAAGGCUCAACACCGACAUUAUCUACUGAUGACGUCACUACACAAAGUGGCGCUACAACGACAUUAUCUACUGAUGACGUCACUACACAAAGUGGCUCUACAACGACAAUAUCUACUGAUGACGUCACUACACAAAGUGGCGCUACACCGACAUUAUCUAAUGAUGGCGUCAGUUCACAAAAUGGCGCAACACCGACAUUAUCUACUGAUGGCGUCACUACACAAAGUGGCGCCACACCGACAUUAUCUACUAAUGUCAUCUCUUCACAGAGUGGCGUUGCACCGACAACAUUUACUGAUGAGAUCACUAGCUCACUUUUGAGUUUUGAAGAAGAUGAAACAGAAAAUGCUGAACUCCUGGAAAAAUUAUCUUGCAAGAUUUGUUACCAACAAAGAUUUGAAAUACUUUUCAUUCCUUGUGGGCAUCUUGUUUCGUGCCACGGAUGUGCUGCAAGGCUGGCCAAUUGUCCCUUCUGCAGGACAACUAUUCUGGACAAAAAGCACGUGAUAAUGACUUCCUUCAUAUAAACACAUUGAAGCUGUUAACUGAAGGUGUGAACGGUUGGGGAAGGGGAGUCAGUGAAACUUGAAUUCACGGACAGCCAAACCGCAUUUUAUCUUAUGUAGACAAUAUUUAUGUUGUAAUGAAUUUAGGUUCAUACUGCAUUGGUGUAUUUGUAUUUUAUCAAGAUAUCUAAAUACAAUUUAAAAUCUUUUACAUUAUUUGUUCUUUUUUCCAAAUGCUUUUUCCCCCUAGUGCUAUUAGAGAAUGAAACGGGUUGCCUGAAUCAGCCAGGAAAAUCAACGCAUUGGCAGAGUUUAAGUCAUUGAUUAAAAAGCAUGACUAGAUUGACACAUGAUGAGUAGGACAUAAUUAUCUUCUUUUUUGAAGUAACCUCUGUUCUUUAUGAGAUAAAGCUUCCUGGUCCUACUCAGGACUGGCUGUUCCAUGGUGCAAUUCUGUUUGCAGCUCUGGGCAUCUGUUUACUUCCCUUUCCUUACCCCGACUACUCACGAGUGUUAUGUGUCGUGGGAUACAGUGCUUCCCAGAUCGUCAAGUGGUCUACCACGCUGAGGGAGUGGUACGCUGAUCUGUGGGGCUGAUUUUAUUGACACAUAUGAGGAACGUAAUUUUUUUUUUCGAAAAUGACUGAUAAACAAAUUCAGAGACCGCAGGUUUUUAGCUCAGGUAUACUUCAUGCUUUGAUGGGUAUGGUGAAACUAUGUGAUAAGCUCCGAGAGCACAUUUUUUAAAUGCCUAUUGUUAAAGCUGUCACCAUGCUAUUCAUCUAUGAUAUUCUCCAGACUUUCUAUGUACAGGGACUAUACUACAAUACUCUUUAUAAGAAGUAUUCUAAUUCACACGAAAUAGGUCGUAAUGAUAGAUCAACUAUAUUUAUUAAAAAUUUUAGAAACUUUAAGUAAGAAUUUUUAUUUACAAGACAAUUACAUUGUUUCAUUUUUUUAAAGAAAUUGUACAAUUUAUUUGAAAUACAACCUAUCCGAUGGUGCCCACAAUAAAAUUUCCUAGAACCAUCCGUAAAUUUUAAUAUUGAGUAAAAACGCAGGUAAUCUCUUUUACGAUCAAAUGAUAAGUAUUUAGUAUCACAAGUAAACCAAACAAUGUGUUAACUUCAUUAGUACGUAUUCUAUUCAGAUACUAAUUACAAAAACUUGCGGUUAUUCUUUUAUUAUCACCAUUAAAUAGCUGCAAGACAGAUUUUUGUCAAACUGUGGCUACAGAAUUGGUUACGAGAAAUUCUGUCCAGCUUAAUCUACACAGUCUGGGCAUGUUUAUUGAACUGGAAUCCAUUAUAUAAUUGUUUUAAUAUUUAUUUUAAAAAAAAACAUACUUGAUUAAGAAAUUUUGUGUCGAUCCAUAGAUUACAUAAGCAUUAUGGAGAGAUACGAGCGCAAUGUAAUUUGUGACUGCCACCGACAAUGUCUUGAUCUAGAAUCUAGAUGUAAUUUAGAUUUUAUUUUAUUUUAAUUUCAACUAAAUGUCUAGAUCAAAAUCGUGAAUCUAGACCAUAAAUAGAAGUAAAGAUCUAGAUCUAGGUUGUGUAGAAGUAGAGUUCUAGAUCUAGGUUGUGUAGAAGUAGAGUUCUAGAUGUAGGUUGUAUAGAAGUAGAGUUCUAGAUCUGGUUGUGUAGAAGUAGAGUUCUAGAUCUAGGUUGUGUAGAAGUAGAGUUCUAGAUCUAGGCUGUGUAGAAGUAGAGUUCUAGAUCUAGGCUGUGUAGAAGUAGAGUUCUAGAUCUAGGCUGUGUACAAGUAGAGUUCUAGAUGUAGGUUGUGUAGAAGUAGAGUUCUAGAUCUAGAUUCUUGAUAUUAAGUACUAUCUGGAUCGAAAUACAGCUCUAGUCCUACAAACCCUAGAUGACGCGUAGGACGUAAUCAUCUUCUUUUUUGAAGUAACGUUUGUAUUAUAUAAUACAGACGUUACUUCAAAAAAGAAGACUAUUACUUCCUACGCGUCAUGCAUAUUAACUAAUGACCUAAAUUCUGCUUAGUCACUGGCUAGCUCAGGCAACCCAUUCCAUGCUAUAAUAGACCUAGGAGAGAUAGAGCUUUUGUACAAAUGUUUUCCUAGCUUAUAUGGAAAGAGGAAUGUACCUUUAUCUUUGUGUCUUUCUGAGUAUUUUAUUAGAUUUUGUUUUUGAAUUUGAAGAUGUAGUAUGUCUAUCCCUCCGUCCAUCCGUCUAUAGGUCUAUAACUAAAUCGUAAAAUACUAGACUGCUGUUAUCAGGAUUAUUAAUAGUGUACAUUAUGCUGUAAGCGUCCAAUCUGCUGCUUGUGAUACCACCGUAUACAUAAUAAAUAAUUCUGCACUCCUAAACUGUCAGAAACUAAGUUAAGUGUAUUGCCUUCAUAAUUUAUAGAUGUAAAUUUUGUUCUACAAUAAUAAAUUUAUAUCAAAAUAUAGAUCUAGAUCUGUGCUCUGUUUAUUCUGACUUACAAAGCUGUCAAGGGUAUAAUGAGGAUUGUCAAGUCUGAGCAUUAUAAAAUAGUUCGUUUAUUUUUUAAUUUACAUCUAAAGCAAAGUUCGUAUCAAAAUUCUUUUUUCAAUACAAUAUUUUCAGUCCUUGGAUCUAUUGGAAAUUUGGUUUUGGAUUUUUGUAUGACUUAAAAAAUGAUUGCAUGUUUCCAUUACUAUUCAUAGUCAUCCACUUGCAAAAAAUGGGACCUAAAAAAAAACCUGUCAAACUCAGUAUAAAAGAGAAAUAAAGCUAUUUAACACAGAUGUCACUUAAGGAGAGCAGCUUAAGCUUGCAGGGAAAUAAAAUUAAUUGAAAAAAUUGGCCCUACCUAUGGAGAAUACUGUUUAAAUCAUUUUAAAAAGACUUGUUUCUUUUUAGGUGUUUUUCUCGAUAAUCACAUUUUUGCUUCGGUCACCUUCUUUAAUUUGUAUCUAAUUUUUUAUUUAUUGAUGGAUUCUUAUGAAAUUUGGAAUAUAUGUUAACAACAUAAUGUUGUUCCAUUAUAUAGAGCCAGUUUUUCAAUUUUUGUCUUUAUU